AGUGGAGAAAUUGCUGUUGUUGGAGUUGGAUGCAAUUUUCCUGGAGGUGAAGGAAUAGAUUCCUUCUGGAAAAUUCUCUUGGAAGGCAAAAACUGCACAGUGGAAAUACCUGAAGAGCGUUUUGACUUGAAAUUGUGGUACGAUCCUGAUGAUAACGUGCCUGGGAAGUCUCGCACCUGCAGGGCAUCUCUUAUUGACGGAUUUAAUGAAUUUGACAGCAAGUUAUUUGGCAUUACUGAAGCAGAAGUGGAAAGAAUGGAUCCACAGCAGAAACUGUUGCUGGAAUGUACCUACCGAGCCCUAGAGGAUGCUGGAAUACCAAUGGAAAAAGCUAGCGGGACCAGUACAGGCGUGUUCAUUGGCCUCAUGAACCGGGAUUAUGAGAUGAUUUUGAACAAUGUUGCCAGUACCAUCAAUCAUUACAAUGGCACUGGGACAGCCAUGAGCAUAGCAGCCAACCGCAUCUCCUACUGUUUCAACUUCACUGGGCCCUCUUUUUCAAUUGACAGCGCGUGCUCUUCGUCCCUGGUGGCCCUGCACUAUGCCUGUCAUUCUAUAAAGCAAGGUGACUGUGAAAUGGCAAUCUGUGGAGGAGUGAGUUGUAUCCUUGAGCCAAGGAUAUUCGUCUCCCUCAGCAAAGCAAAAAUGAUAUCUCCAGAAGGGGUCAGCAAGCCUUUCUCCAUCAAGGCUGAUGGUUAUGGGAGAGGAGAAGGCUGUGGUAUUGUCCUACUCAAGCCUUUGGAAAAGGCACUGAAAGAUCUUGACCAUAUCAGAGGCAUCAUAACAUACAGUGCUGUAAAUCAAGACGGAAGAACAGUGACGCCCAUUACCAGGCCAUCAGUGAUGCAGCAGGAGCAGCUUCUACACAGCAUUUAUUCCAAACAUGUUGACCCUUCACACAUACAAUAUAUAGAGGCUCAUGGGACUGGAACAUCAGCAGGUGAUCCUACUGAGGCCAGCAGCAUCUCUAAUGUAGUUGCUAAAUGUCGUUCAGCUGGAUCUCCGAGCCUUGUCAUCGGCUCUGUAAAAGGUAACAUUGGACACACUGAAUCUGCAGCAGGAGUUGCAGGGCUCAUCAAAAUCCUCUUGAUGAUGCAACAUGAAACCCUUGUUCCUUCCCUCCAUUAUUCUAAAGAAAAUGCCAGCAUUGAUGCAGAAGCUCUCAACCUUAAAAUUCCAACGAAAGCAGAGAAAUGGGAAAGCAGAGGACCACUGGGUAGGGCCGCAGGAGUGAAUAACUUUGGAUUCGGUGGGACUAAUGCACACGUUGUGGUGCGGCAAUACAAAGAGACCCGGGUUCUGAAUCACCGAGUUGAAAAGGGGUUGAAGCUGUUCGUACUCUCCGCAGCCUCAGAGAAAGCCAUUAAUAUGACAAUGGCUGACACCAUUAGGAUAAUUGACAGCAGUGCCUCAUUAGAGCUUCACGACUUGGCCUAUACGUCUGCAUGUAGGAGAAGUCACGCCAAACACAGGUACCGAAAAGCCUUUGUCACACCGACUCUUGAGAAUUUAACUAAGCAGAUCCAAACAGCAGCUAAUACGAAAGUACCAGCUGCCAAAUCUGAUCAACAGUUAGUGUUUGUGUUCUGUGGAAAUGGAGUCACCUACAAGGGGAUGUGCAAACAACUGGUAAAAGAAGAAAGCAUAUUUAGAGAGAAAAUUAUUGAAACUGAAAACAUUUUUAAUAAAUAUGCUUCAUUUCGUCUUCUUGACCGGCUGGAAAAUGAAAAGGACUAUGAUGAUUUUACGAAGCCAGAAAUCAUCCAGCCUUUGCUGUUUGCCAUCCAGGUGGCCUUAUCGAGCCUUCUGAGUCAGUGGGGUAUAAAGCCGAAUGCUGUUCUAGGACACUCCGUAGGUGAGGUUGCAGCCGCACAUUGCUCAGGUCUGCUCUCCCUGCAGGACGCGGUGAAGGUCAUUUACUAUCGAAGCAUCUUGCAGGCCAAAGUCACCGGAGGGAAGAUGCUUGUUGUCAGCAAUAUUGCUAUUUCUGAUCUUUUAGGCUUUAUUAAUGCUUCUUCGAGAAAAGUCAGCAUUGCUGCCUUCAACAGCCCCCAGUCAUGUACCUUAUCAGGUGAUGCAGAAUCCAUAGAUGACAUUCACCGGGAGCUGUCAUUGGCGUUCAGUUCAAAGAACAUUUUCUUAUAUAUCCUUGAUGUGCCGGCUGCAUACCACAGUCCUAUGAUGGAUCCUAUUUUGAAGACAGUUGAGGAGGAAAUAGGGCUUCUAAAAACUGGGCCCAUGACCACAGACCUGAUUUCUACAGUAACAGGACAGUUCAUUUCCACUGGGGAUUUUACCACUGGUCAAUACUGGGCCAAAAACGUUCGAGAACCUGUGUAUUUUGAGCAGGCAGUAAAGUCAGUGGUUGCUGGAAAAAAAGAUGUUGUAUUUGUAGAAAUCGGUCCCAGAAGGGCACUUCAAAGGAGUAUCAUGGAGAUCUUAGGAUCUGAUGCUUUAAUAUUUCCUACUGUGCAACCAAGUAAGGACUACGAGACUCUGCUUACAGUUGUGACCAAACUUUUUGAAUUGGGUUUUGACAUCAGCUGGGAACAGUUUUAUCAAGGGAGCGAGACACUGCCAAGCCCUUACCCAAGAUACCAGUUUGAUCAUGUCAAGAAAGAGGUCUCUUCUAAUUCUGAGGGGCAAAUAAACCAAAAUAUGUUCGACACUUUCCAUCCGCUCCUUCAUGGAGCAAAUAAUGACCAGACAAUAAUCACAUGCAAGAAGUUAACAGAUGUGGUACCAUACAUAUAUGAACAUAAAAACAAUGGUGUCGCUAUAGUUCCAGGAGCCUUCUAUGCAGAGAUAGCUUUGGCAUCUGCCAUGGCUAAUCAAGAGACAAAACGACCUGUAAGUUUCCUUCAGUUGGAAAUAAAAUUUCAUAAACCCUUAACCGUGAAUCAAAACUCUGCCCCCCUACAGGUGCAGUUCGAAUCACAAGAAGAAGCAACAGCUUUUAAGAUAUACUCUUCUGAAAUCACGUAUGCAUUAGGCAGAAUACAAACAAAUUCUGAAAAUGUGAAUGACGAAAGACAAAUCGCAGUGGACAGUGUUCGCACCCGGUGUGAAAUAAUCGUGACAUCUGAGACGAUUUAUGAGAAGUUAAGUAACCUGGGUUUCCAAUACAGAGGAGUAUUCAGGCAACUUGGUAAUAUCUAUAAAAAAGAAGAGUUCAAAGAGGCUAUUUCAAAAAUUAAAGUACCAGAGAAAAUUCAGAAAGAGAUGCACAAAUAUUUCUUUCACCCGGUAAUUUUAGAUUACUUUUUACAAAUGUCAUCCUUUUUUGUGGUAAGUGACUCCAAAUCCAGGCCUGGAUUUCCUUCAGGAAUAGGUAGCCUGAUUAUAUCUGCACCAUUGCAGAGUGAGAUGUUCAUGUACAUGAAAGUCACUAAAAGUGACGAAUUUUGUACAGAGGUGUGUGGAUGUUUUACUGAUUCCAACGGCUUCGUCUUAGCUGAACUUAAACACGUUCAGAUUAUGUUUCUCGGCUCUGGUCUUUCUAUUACCCGUAAAUUUACCUUUCAAAAUGAAUGGGUAGAUUCUCCUGAGGAACCUGUCUCAGAAAGUCAUCCGAAGAGUUUAGUGUUCGCUGAUCAGCUGGGGGUGGCCCAGUUGGUGAAGCAUCAUCUUCAUCCAGACUCCGUGUACAUUUCUAAUAAAGAUACAGAAUUAGCAAUGAUGAAUAUUGGCCAAUAUUUUGUCAACUCCGAAUUCACGGAAAUUUUAUUUUUCUGGGGAAUCAAAAUUUUUGAUGAGUUGUACCCUGAAAAUGUGCUACAGCAUUUAACAAACUGUUGUGAAGCUUUCCAGCAGAUUAUUAUUAUGCUGAUAGAAACAAAAUACAGCUGCACAAUUAAAACGAUCACCUACAGAGCCUCUGAAAAUACAGUCGAUCAGAUGAGCACAGGAUUUGCUCUGUGGGGAAUGUCCCGGGCAUGUGCUGCUGAAAUUUUUCAUCUUUCCUUUCAGGUGAUUGAUAUUGGAUCUGUAAAUAAUGAAGAUAUUGUUUUGCUGGGAAAAGUAAUUACUUCAUAUGAGAGCCAAAAAUAUCCAGAAGUUAUGAUCAGAAAAGGCCGGAUUUACCAUUCAAGCAUCAAACGGGCAGUUGAAAAAGAGGUUUGGAGUCAUUCGAACCAUCAGACAACUUUAGAUGUACGUAGCUUUGCCCUUAAUACGACAAAUCCAUACGGACUUGAGCGUCUGCAAGCCACUGUACUUAUUGGUAGCAAUAAUAAAACUCUCUCUAAUGACAGCGUGGAGAUUCAGAUAAGCAAGAUAUGUCUCCAUUCCUCUGAUUACUUCCCUGUGAGUCUCAAUGCUUUACGCUUUGGUGAGACAAUGUACUGGACCAAAUACUGCAACGAAAACCACCAACUCUUGUGUCUUGACUUCAGUGGCAUUGUAACAACUGUGGGAAGUAACGUCACAUCCCUGAAGCCUGGAGAUCAUAUCAUAUCAUGCUUUCCAGUGGGUGCAGCUUCUAGGGUUCUCCUUCCUGAAUCGAUUUGUUACAAAAGUCAGAAGAUUCCAUUCCUGAAAGAUAUUCCUUGUGUUUCCUACUUCAUAUUAGCCUGGGAAAUUCUAGUAAAUGUCUUACCCACAGUCAGACCUCCGAGGCAAGUGGGGAUAAUUUCCUCCUUUCCUCAGUCCACUCUAUGCAAAAUCAUUACACACGGGGCAAAUAAAUGUGGUAUGCACACUGAAAUUAUUACAAAAAGAAAUACUGAACAGUUCAUUAAUAGUGAAGCUUUAAUUUUUUUAAACCCUACUGAAUUUUCAUCUGUUAGAAACAUUUUAAGUGUCACGACUGCCAGCCAUAUUGUUAUCGUAUGUAACAGCGACUGGACCCUUAAUCUUCUGAAAAUGCCUAAGAGUGACAACGAACACGUUCACAUUCACGUUGUUCAGCUGAUGACAGUUUUUCAGAAAACUUACCUUACUAAACACAGCAAAUCCAUUUUCAAGUGGGUGAAGUCCUUGAAGUUGGAGAAGUCCUUGUUAGACAUCCCUACCAAAGUUCUUCAACCUGAUGGACACAAUGCGAAUGAGGUGACACAGAAUCAAAGAUUAGAUUCUUAUUUUAUGGCCAAGACAAUACAACUGGUUGUUCUUCAGGAUGACUUCAAAAGAAUUUCCAAAAUUCCUCUAUUUACCCCUUAUAAGCAACUUUUUCGACGUGAUGGUGUAUACUUAGUAACUGGAGGACUUUCAGGUUUGGGGUUCGAGACUGUAAAGUUCAUUGCCCAGCAUGGAGGUGGAUAUAUUGUCAUUCUCUCUAGAAGUGCUCCGACACCAGAGAGACAAGCAGAUAUUGCAGACCUACAGAACCAGUUCGGAGCAACCAUUUCUAAUAUUUGCUGUGAUGUGGCCAUUCCAAAGGAUGUGAAGCAGGCAGUGAGUACCAUUAAACACACCUAUCCCAGUGCUACAAUACGAGGGAUAUUUCACAGUGCAGUGGUCCUACAUGAUGGACUGAUUCACACUUUGAGCAAAUCUGACUUUGAGAAAGUGAUGAGACCCAAAGUUGCUGGGGUGUUAAAUCUUCAUAACACAACCAGACGAUGCCAGUUGGACUACUUUGUGUGUUAUUCUUCCAUCGCUUCCUUUUUAGGGAACUCUGCUCAAGCAAAUUACGCAGCGGCAAACUCAUUUUUGGAUAUGUUUUGUCAUUACCGAAGGCGGAUUGGGUUACCUGGACAGUCAAUUAACUGGGGAGCUUUAAAUAUUGGUCUGCUGUUGAACAAAGACAAAAUUCAACAAUUCCUUGAGCAGAAGGGUUUGAUGAUCCUGGAUGUACCCGAAAUUCAUGAAUGUCUGGAAUACUGCUUGAUGCAGAGCAACCCACAGAUAGUCGCGUCCAAAUUCCAUUUCCAAAAUUUGAGCAAGCACUCCCUGUCCUCCAAUGUUUACCUCAAACAGCGUUUCUACUCAGUCAUGGCAGAGGAAAUCAAACACUUAGCUGACACAUCCGAGAUUUCCCAGGGCAAUUCCAUUUCUAAUCUUGAAAAUUAUGUAAUAACAGUGCUCUGUGACAUCUGUGGUAUGGAUGCUGAGGAAGUGACAAACGAUACCUCCCUUUUAGCAUUUGGGAUUGACUCCAUGCUAGCAAUGACUGUGCAAAAUCGCAUGUUUCAAGACAGAAAUGUUAAUGUACCUCUGGUGAAGCUCAUGGACCCAAACACGACAGUGUCCAUGUUGGUGUCACUAUUGCAAGAAAACCCACAAACAGAAGGACAUUCUGAAGGAGAAGACAUUAAUAACAAUGACGAGACAGAUUAAAGCAUAAUCUAGAAAUAGAAUAUAAAAGCCUGGUCCUGUUCAUGUUUGGUGGUCAUAAGUUUAUAAAAUGUAUUCAAUAAUAUCAGAUUUUUAUUAUAAUUAAAAACUUGUGUCUUAUAAGUUAUGUAUGAACUGUUAGAAGUGUAGCAAGCUUUUGUACUCCCACUUUGAGGCUCUUGUACUUUGCUGCUCCCAUUAUCAGAGAUGUAUUUUAAUUUUUUGAAUUCGUUCCUUGGCCUUGAAGUCACUGAAGGAACCAAGGAACACAAUGGCUUAAUUUAGUUGUUUAAGAUGCAUUCAUAAUAAUAUUUAAAAGUAAAUACAUUUUAUUGAGACACUGUCAAUUUGUUCAUGAUAUGGGCACAGCCAUUGUGUACAUGUGUUAUGAACUGGAGAGUUCCAAAGUACAGUAAGCCCAAAAUUAGCUUAAAAUGCCCACUAGAGUGGGAAACCCUCAUACCCUGGAUGGUUACAAAAGAGUGCGAUAAAAAAAUCUUUGUAAAUAAAGAGAUUUAUUUAAUAAAAA